UCGAAACAUGGUGGGUCUAAUCUACUGUUUUCUUGUCGUGGUUCUCGCUGGAGCUCAGGCUUUCCAGCUGGACACCAGAGACCUUCAACUGCAGCAGAUAAUGCAAAUGUUUUCCGACGAGAUGAAGGCGUUGAAGAUGGAGGUGGAGGACAUGAGGAAGACCAUGGCGAGAGCGGAUGGUGGUCUUGCAGGAAAUGAUGUUGAUGACGCACCGAGGAACAAACGGCAGAUUUCUUGUGAAGAUGGUCACGUUGGUUUGAGUGAGCAGACUCUGGCGUCCGCCUGUACCCUGGGCCUGCAAUGCUCGCCCGGUCGAGACGGUCGGGACGGCGCGCCGGGCCGGGACGGGGCUGCGGGAAGAGACGGGCAGCCGGGACCACAGGGGCCGAUAGGGCCGAUGGGCGACAUCGGGCCGGAAGGACCUCCGGGAGAGAAGGGUGAGACAGGAGCGGAUGGGGAUGGAGGAGGUUCCGUGUACAUCCGCUGGGGAAGGACCACCUGUCCGAAUGACACCGACACGUCGCUCAUUUACGACGGAAUUGCUGGUGGGACUCUCUACAGCCACAGCGGAGGAGGCGCCAACUACGUCUGCCUACCGAAGGAUCCUGAGUGGGGAGUCUUCACGGAUGGAAACCAGGGUACCGCGUACAUGUAUGGGGCGGAGUAUGAACUCAGCCUUGGAAACAACCCAUUCCAAGGCGCCUCCCUCCAUAACCACGACGUCCCCUGCGCUGUCUGCCACGUGGCGUCUCGCGGCUCCAAGCUGAUGAUCCCCGCCCGUCUCAGCUGUCCUAGCGGCUGGACCCGGGAGUACAAGGGGUAUCUCAUGACCGAUCGCUACAACAAUUACCGCACCGAGUUCGUCUGCAUGGACGGGGAGCCCGAAGCGAGGCCCGGCGGACAGGAGAACAAAAACGGAGCGCUGUUCUUCCCGGUAGAAGCCAGCUGCGGGUCCCUGCCGUGUCCCAACUACGUUCAGGGCCGUGAGCUGACCUGUGUGGUCUGCACCAAGUGACGGCCUCAUCGUCAACAUCUACACAGCUAGAAGAUGGGCAAAGUAGGCAUUAAGGCUAAGCCAAGUAGCAAAGCCGAAAUGAAUGCGUAAUAAAAUUGUUAAAGUGA